GAGGGCAGUAGAAGAGUGUUCGGUCUGCGUUUCUCUUCCCAAAAGCUUCCGAAGUGUUCAACUAGCAUCAUCUCUUACGGAUGCUUUUCUUCAACCCUUCUUAUCAUCUUUCCAUGGACGCUUAGCAGGACUUCUCUGUUUUCUUGCUUUGUUCUCUUCUCAUCUCCAUGGAUGCUCUUCUACAUCAACGCUUCCUUUAGUCUGCAUUUUUUACCUGAACGGAUUCCGCACCCGUAUCCGUCUUCAAAAAUUGAAGAGUCGGAGCAUCACAGGUUUAAAAGUCAUAUAUCCAAUAGAAAACAAUUCAGGAUGUCAGCUGCAAACCCUUUAAAGAAAUUAGUGAAGUGCGUUAUCCUCGAUUUGGAUGGUACACUUCUCAACACAGAUGGUAUUGUAAGUGAUGUUUUAAGAGUUCAUUUAGUUAAGUAUGGAAAGAAAUGGGAUGGGAGAGAAGCUAAAAAUAUAGUUGGAAAGACACCGUUUGAAGCUGCUGCAGCUGUCGUGGAAGAUUAUGAGCUUCCUUGCACAACGAGUGAAUUGAUUUCAGAAAUUACACCAAUGUUCUCAACACAGUGGUGCAACAUUAAACCACUUGCAGGUGCCAAUCGGUUGAUUAAACAUUUGGGAAGUCAUGGAGUGCCUAUGGCUUUGGCUUCAAAUUCUCCAAGAGACAACAUAGAAACCAAAAUUUCUUUUCAGAACGGCUGGAAAGAAUCCUUUUCUGUCAUCAUUGGUGGUGAUGAAGUGAAAUCGGGGAAGCCAUCGCCUGAAAUAUUCCUUGAAGCAGCUAAAAGGCUGAACAUUGAACCUUCCAGCUGCCUUGUGAUUGAAGAUUCCUUACCAGGUGUCACAGCUGGUAAGGCUGCAGAAAUGGAAGUGGUUGCUGUACCCUCUCUUCCAAAACAAUCUCAUCUUUAUACUUCAGCGGAUGAGGUGAUCAAUUCUUUACUUGAUUUGCGACCUGAAAAGUGGGGCCUGCCGCCAUUCCAAGAUUGGAUAGAAGGUACUUUACCAUUGGAACCAUGGUUUAUUGGUGGCCCUGUCAUUAAGGGAUUUGGACGUGGUUCAAAAGUGCUCGGGAUCCCUACAGCUAAUUUAUCCACGGAAAGGUAUUCAACUCUCCUUUCAGAGCAUCCUGCAGGAGUGUAUUUUGGUUGGGCCGGAUUAUCAGCACGUGGUGUUUUUAAAAUGGUCAUGAGUAUCGGUUGGAAUCCAUUUUUCAAUAACACUGAAAAGACCAUAGAGCCUUGGUUGCUUCAUGACUUCAAUGAGGAUUUUUAUGGCGAGGAACUACAUAUUGUUGUAGUUGGCUACAUACGGCCUGAGGCCAAUUUCCCAUCCCUUGAGAGCUUGGUAACCAAAAUUCAUGAGGACAGGAAAAUUGCAGAGAAAGCUCUCGAUCUUCCGUUGUACUCAAAAUACAAGAAUGACCCAUAUCUGAAAAGUUCUUUGUAGAGAUGGCGAUUAGAUUAGAUAUUUGACUGAAUUUAUAUUGACCUCAUUUGCUAAAUUAGGAAUUCGAGUAGUUUUGCUCUCUCAUUCAACAUUAUUGUUCAAAAGUAACGCUCGCUCAUUCAACAUUAUUGUUAAAAAGUAAAUUUAUUUGAGAUUCUAGGCUUGUCUUCUUAUAGGCACAUGAGAUGUAAUAUGGUGCAUUGGAAGCAGAUUAUAAGUCGCAUUUAUUUAUUUAUUUA